CUGUACUAUCCUGGACCCCUGUGUUCUCCUCCUGUAUCUACAUAAUUAAGGCUCUCCGUUCGUUCCCAGCGCCUCCCCCGCCCGCUCCUCACACCACAAAGAACACCGGAGGCUGUGCAAAAAUUCUUCCGGCGGAGCUGACUCUUGGUGGGCGAGAGGAUGGCAACCAGUGCAGCUUGUCAUGGCGCCGGGGCCGUGGUGAAGGUUGAGAAUAGCAUCGCUGGCCGGGUGAGGAGGGGCCACGCUGCACGGGCUGCCGGAUCCGUCGGAGCAGCUGCAGAAGUUGGACGUCUCCACGGUGAAUCCUCCUACAGCACGUUCCGCUUCAAGGUGAAGAACAAGCAGAUGCCGUGGAUGAGGAUACCGGGCGGAUGGGAGGAACAAAUGGAGGGGCCGUGCCCAAGGUACAUCAAGCUCUGGACUGGCAAUGGUGUGUGGUCUGCUUGGAUGAAUCGGGUGACGAAUGGGGGCGACUCCAUGUACCUGACAGACGGAUGGGUGCAGUUCGUCAAGCAGCAUGGCGUGCAGAACGGAGACAUGCUGACCUUCCAGAUCAUCGGGCCUGAUGCGUGGUACGUUCGCAUCUACGCAGACGGCGGGGAAGAGAGGCCGAUUCGCCACGAAUAGUGAUUUAGAGAGGGCUUGUCAUCUUGUUGAGUCGUAUGAUUUACUAUUCCCUUGAAACAUCCCUAUCUCUGAACUCUUCUGAAUAAGCGCCUUGUAGUUUACAUUUUGGUUCUGCCAUGGCUUGUGACUUUGUUGGUGCCUAUCUAUCAAGCUUGUGUCUGUUAGUUCAGUACUGAAUCGUCAAAAUGCCUGUAGGACAGAUCCUAAUCUGAAUGAAUUAUUGCUACCGCUUUAA